CGGCGUGAGGGCCGUCGGGACCGGAAGUGAGGGCCGGCGUGCAGCCCGGGGUCUGACAGGAGAGGCGUUCCCGGCCGGCGGCCGUACCUGACAGCGGGAGCGCGGUCCCGGAGCCGCCCGGCCCUGCGAUGGGCCUCCUGUCGGACCCGGUGCGCCGGCGCGCGCUUGCCCGCCUCGUGCUGCGCCUCAACGCGCCACUCUGCGCGCUGAGCUACGUGGCGGGCAUCGCCUGGUUCCUGGCUCUGGCUUUCCCGCCGCUGACCCAGCGCACUUACAUGUCGGAGAACGCCAUGGGCUCCACCAUGGUGGAGGAGCAGUUUGCGGGCGGAGAGCGUGCCCGAAGCUUUGCCCGGGACUUCGCUGCGCACCGCAGGAAGUCGGGGGCUCUGCCAGUGGCUUGGCUGGAGCGGACGAUGCGGUCAGUGGGGCUGGAGGUCUACACGCAGAGUUUCUCCCGGAAACUGCCCUUUCCAGAUGAGACUCACGAGCGCUAUAUGGUGUCGGGCAUCAACGUGUACGGCAUCCUUCGGGCACCGCGCGCUGCCAGCACUGAGUCCCUGGUGCUCACCGUGCCCUGUGGCCCUGAGUCUACCAACAGCCAGGCUGUGGGGCUGAUGCUGGCACUUGCUGCCCACUUCCGGGGGCAGAUUUACUGGGCCAAAGACAUCAUCUUCCUGGUGACAGAACACGACCUUCUGGGCUCUGAGGCUUGGCUUGAAGCCUACCACGACGUCAAUGUCACUGGUAUGCAGUCAUCCCCUUUGCAGGGCCGGGCUGGGGCCAUCCAGGCAGCCGUGGCCCUGGAGCUGAGCACUGAUGUGGUCACUAGCCUUGACGUGGCUGUGGAGGGACUCAACGGACAGCUGCCCAACCUGGACCUGCUCAACCUCUUCCAGACCUUCUGCCAGAAAGGGGGACUCCUGUGCACGCUGCAGGGCAAGCUGCAGCCCCAGGACUGGACGUCAGUGGACGGGCCGCUGCAGGGUGUGCAAACGCUGCUGCUCAUGGUUCUGCAGCAGGCCUCUGGCCACCCCCACGGCGCCCACGGCCUCUUCCUGCGCUACCGCGUGGAGGCUCUGACUCUCCGUGGCAUCAAUAGCUUCCGCCAGUAUAAGUACGACCUGGUGGCAGUGGGCAAGGCUCUGGAGGGCAUGUUCCGCAAACUCAACCACCUCCUGGAGCGCCUGCACCAGUCCUUCUUCUUCUACCUGCUCCCUGCGCUCUCCCGCUUCGUCUCCAUUGGCCUCUACAUGCCUGCUGCCGGCUUUUUGCUCCUGGUCCUCGGUCUCAAGGCUCUGGAACUGUGGAUGCAGCUGCAUGAGGCUGGAGUGGGUCCUGAGGAGGCUGGGGGGACCUCUGGGUCCAGUCCUCCCCUCCCUGCAACACAGCGCGUGGGGCUGGCCUCGCUCGUGGCCCCCUUGCUGAUCUCCCAGGCUGUGGGCCUGGCCCUCUACGUCCUCCCAGUGCUGGGUCAACACGUGGCUGCCCAGCACUUCCCCGUGGCCGAGGCCGAGGCCGUGGUGCUCACGCUGCUGGCCGUCUGUGCAGCUGGCCUGGCCCUGCCGCACAGCACCCCCUGGGUGCUGAGCACCCAGGCCCCGGACAGGAGCUGGAUGGCGCUGAAGCUGGUGGCACUGAUCUACCUGGCACUACAGCUGGCCUGCAUCACCCUCACCAACUUCUCCCUGGGCUUUCUGCUGGCUGCCACCAUGGUGCCCGGCGCUGCACUCACCAAGCCCUCCGGGCCCCGGCCACUCUGUGCUGCCCUGCUGGUGCUGACAAGCCCAGCAGCUACGCUCUUGGGCGGCCUGUUCCUGUGGCAGCAGCUGCAGGAGGCACCGCUUUCCCUGGCCGAGGGCUGGCGGCUCUUCCUGGCCGCGCUGGCUCAGGGCGUGCUGGAACACCACACGUACGGUGCCCUGCUCUUCCCGCUGCUGGCGCUGGGUCUCUACCCCUGCUGGCUGCUCUUCUGGAAUGUGCUCUUUUGGAAGUGAUGAAGGCAGGUGGCAAUCCCCCACACGUCCCACGUUCUUUCUUUCCUGGGAAAUAAACAGUUUUGUUUAGCUGCC